UACAAUUCCAGAACGACCUUUUACUUUGACCAAUUAGGAACCUGGAUGCGAGAGGGAGGCGGUUCUGAUGCAGAGGAGAUGUGAUUAAGUCGAAGGAGCGCAAUUUAAACCUGCUAUACUGGCUACAUCAGCAGAGCGAGACAGAGCGACAGAGAAAGGGGAAGAGCGAGACACGACAGGGAGAGAGGGGCAUAGAUAUAGAGCGAGACCAGCAUUGUCAUCCUCACAGAACGAGACUGCACUUUCCAACAGGGUAGAGAUAAUGAGAGCAACACUUCGACUUCCUCUAUACGACCGGAGCUCCGAGAAGCGAUGAAAACAGGAAUGUUCGGACUUUAAAGACUUACAGCUUAUACUGGACAGUAUUUUAAAGUGAUUUUCUCUCAAUCGAGACCUGCACCUGAAGCUGCAUUAUCUCAGGGCAACAGUAUUCUGUAAGGAAGCAUCACAGAAUCUGCACUUAAAUGUGCUACAAAAAUACAUAAAUAAAUAAAUAAAUAAAUAAACAAAACAAAAAGAAAAGCACGUUUCUGUUGCCUAAACUAAUGCACCACUAAAGACUGAACUGAAGAUUCCUGGGAUGCGUUUGGGAUUUUAGUUUACUUUAUUAGUUUCUUUUAAAAUCUUUUACUUAUUUGUUGGUAUUUUUUCUAUGUACGUACUUUUUAUUACAGCUUCUAUAUGAAUGCAGCUUUCAGCCCGUCUCUAAUGAUGAUGCAGCGCCCUCUGGGAAGCACCACAGCCUUCAGCAUUGACUCCCUCAUAGGCGGUCCGCCCCAGCCCAGUCCGGGUCACUUCGUGUAUACCGGCUACCCCAUGUUCAUGCCUUACCGCCCGGUGGUGCUGCCCCCGCCGCCACCUCCGCCUCCGGUCCUGUCUCAGUCGUCUCUGCAGCCGGGUCUACCCCCUGUGCACCCCCAUCACCAGAUCCCGAGCUUGCCCAGCGGUUUCUGUUCCAGUUUGGCACAGGGCAUGGCUCUCACUUCCGCCUUGAUGGCCACGCUGCCCGGCGGCUUCUCGGCUUCUCCACAGCACCAGGAGGCGGCGAGGAAGUUCGGGUCUCCGACCCUCCAGGCUGUGUUCGAAAAAUCUGAAGAGAUUCGGCAAGAUGGUGAAGACGGCAAGACGUUUCUCAACAAGGAAGCCUCGGUAUUAUCACCAUUCCAAGCGUCCGAACCCGUGCAGUCAUCUAUCGCCAGAGCGCAGGGCAAAGAUGAUUCCAAGGACGACCAGUGCAACAGAAAGGAUGAGAGUUUCUGCAUGGACAGUGAUUUAGACUACAGCUCUGAUGAUAACCUGGCAAACCAGACGCACGGUCAGAAGGACGAGGGGGACCCAAACAGCGGUCUGGAGGAGAACCUCCACGGCUCCAGCGGCACGAGCAGCACCACGUCAACUGGCAAAAACAGGAGGCGGAGGACAGCUUUUACCAGCGAACAGCUUCUGGAACUGGAGAAAGAAUUUCACUGCAAAAAAUACCUGUCCCUCACGGAGCGCUCGCAGAUUGCACACGCCCUCAAGCUCAGCGAGGUCCAGGUCAAGAUCUGGUUCCAAAACAGAAGGGCCAAGUGGAAGCGCGUCAAAGCCGGCAAUGUCAACUCCAAAACCGGCGAACCCUCCAGGAAUCCAAAAAUCGUGGUCCCCAUCCCAGUGCACGUCAGCCGGUUUGCUAUUCGAAGUCAGCACCAACAGAUGGAGCAAGCCCGUCCCUGAGUAUCUAUAUGCCUAUAAACACUUCGGUGUAAGGACAGGGUGGGGUUGUCUAUUCAAAAUAAUACAAUAAUAAUAUAAUAAUAAAAAAGAAUAAAUAACAAUAUUAAAAUAAAUAAAAGAAAAACUGAAGAAAUAAAAAAAAACAUUAUAAAGCAAAUGUGAGAGUUUAUUAAAUAAAAAUACCUUUAUUAUGACUUUUUUGUGAGAUACGAGGAUCUAAAUUGAAGAACUUAAUAUUUAUUAAAAAAAAAAAAAAAAAAAGUGUUGAUAUGACAGUAUAUUGACUGGUGUGUGACCAAAAAAACACAAACUAACCUUCUAUUGUACAUUCCUGAAGAUACAUAAGAAAGACCACGGACAGCUGAAGAUCCAUAGAAUUUAACAUGUUUGAAUUUUCCUUUUAAUUUCAGCAAGUUUUCAAAAAUGAUGACGGCUAAAAACUUUUCAAUUUGUGAAGUCCAGGUGGCUGGUUUUGAUUUGGCUCCCACCCCCUUGUAAAAUAAUGAUUUUGAAGCUCAUGAAACGUGACACAACGAAAGCACACGGUGUUAAUUUAUUUUCCUUUUGUGAAAAUGUAGCUUACUUCUUACAUAAGUUAUAAAGCGUUUUAUUAAAAAAAAGUCUUGUGAAUAAAACUGAUCAGCAAUUAUGUAAAUAACAA